AACUAUUAAAACAAUAAAAGAAAGUUCAAAUUAUUGAGGUUUGAAAAACAAACUUGCCAAAAGAACUUGUUUAGUUUUCAAUAAAGCUUUAGGUUUUAGAAGUACAUUUAAAAUAAUUGCGUAGUUAGUCAACUAAGCAUUUGGCAAAGUUGCGUGCGUAAUCGUAGAGCUUAUUGUCGAGUUGGAAAAGUUCAAGUAGGGUCUUCAAAUCUAUAAAUACACUUUAAGUUUAGUUACGAAAUCAAAAAAUUUAAGCUGUUAAAGAAGGAGAAAGAAGAAACCGUGUAAGAUAUCAAAUAUAAUACAAUAGCAGAACAAUCAUGAAAUCUCAUUUCCUGUUACUGGUGUUAGUUUCUUUUUAUUCUACAAAAGCCGCUAAUGAUAAAUGCGAAGAUUUUAGCAAACAUAUAGAUUUUCAUAACCCGACAUUUUUUUAUGCUCCACUAUCACCGAUUGGUUCGUGGACAUCCUCAAGUUGCGAAGUGAUCCCCGGUCCACGUUAUAUUCUUCGUAAAUGGAACAUAAAAGAAUCAGUUUUUUAUGGAACUAUUUUCCAUUAUUCAGACAGUUGGUGUACUCAGCCAUUGUUUUCAGUACAAGUAUCGGGUUCUUACAAAAUACAUGCGGCAACUGCGACUCCUCAAGCAAAAAUUUCGAAGGCUUGUGAAUUUAAAUUUGAAAAAAUAUUUUAUAAAACUGAUAAUGUAACUACAUUACAAGAGACGUUAGAAUUAAUUAAACAAAAAUGUAUUGAUGCUAUUCCUGUUCUGACAAUGGUAAAAGAAAGUGACAGCGAAAAUAUUACGUGGGACUUGUUUAUAAAUAAAAAUAUCAAAAUUGAGAACGCCGCUAUCACAAAAAAACAUUGCAGAUAUUAUUUUGGUCUCCACUCUAACUCGUACAAAAAAAUAAGUAUGAUUGGAUUGAAAAAAGAUUUCAGUAACGAAAAUGAUGUGCUUUAUUUUUCUGAUAUUCCUCCAAAGCAUCAUGAAAAGAGUAAAGAUUAUAUAGGGGAUGGAUUUCAAUAUGGUCUUUUUCGAGUUCACAGACCUAAUUGUCCUGUUUGUGAAUUAAUUAAUGUUUCUGAAGAACAACCUAUUUUGCCGCCUUACGACCAUUCCCAGGAUUUUAUAGGGGGAUGGGUGUCGAGUGUGUGUGAGGCAGUAAACGACAAUACAUUCCAGACUCGAUAUUUUGAGUUUUAUCCACCAAAUGGUGAAAAUUUUGGGGAUGUUUCCUUGCAAAUCAAUUUAUACUUAGAUCAAAACUGCAAAGAUAAAAGAUUAAUUAUUAAAGCACGUGGUAAAGUUGAUGAAAUAUCUCCGCAUGAAUCUGUUGACGGCAUUUUAAAGCUUUCGCUAAUUUUAAAGUCAAUGUUACUUACUGGUUACAAUGGUCCGACUUUAGGGAUUAUGCGACAACCUGAUAAUCGGUGUGGAGAUUCUGAAAAAUGGAAAUACGGCUUUGAACAAGAUGUUACCCAUACAAAUGGGUGCAAAAUGCUUGGAUUAAUUGUACCAAAAAACUCAGACAUGUUUAUACGAGUUGUUAGUAGACAAGGCAAAAAAGAACUAUACAUCCAAGAUAAUGAUGAAAAAGGAACAUUUUUUACCGAUUAUUUAAUUCCUUGUAAUAUUGCGUCUGCAAAUAUUUCUAAAAUGACUACAAGUGAGCUUCCUACACCUCGAAUAAACUUGAUACCAGAAGCUCCAGAUUUUGAUAUAAUGGACCAGGAUUUUGACAGUCCAUCAUCAACUGCAUCUUCAUAUAGGUGCUCAUUAGUUUUGUUGGUUUUGUUGAAAAUGCUAAUGCAGUUCUUUGAUUAAUAACAAUAGUUAUAACACGAGUUGGAAACCAUUUUUCACGGUAAAUAGUUCGGAGAUUUAUUGUUUUAGGGUAAAUGUAUUUUACAAGACCAACCGGCAUCCGACUUUAAAUCAACACGGUUGGGUGCCGGCUGUUAAGUAGUUGGAUGUACAUAUUGAAAAUAAUGCUCUAACUAAAAUUGAAAUAUUUAAACUUUGGCAUAGCCUUUUCAUUUUCAUUUUUUUAUCAUAUAUUUUUUAAAUGUAAAUAUAAUUUAAAUUGUAACAAUAUAAGUUAUUAAAGCAUGAUUUUUCUAGAAA